UGCGCCGCGGCUCGGGCUGCGGCUGCUCCGCGGGGCUCGGCGCGCGGAUCCGGGGAGGCCCGCGGGCUCCCGGGCGGGCGACGCAGCAUGGCGGUGGAGGAGGAGGGGCUGCGGGUCUUCCAGAGCGUGAAGAUCAAGAUCGGUGAAGCCAAAAAUCUUCCCACUUACCCGGGGCCAAACAAGAUGCGGGAUUGCUACUGCACGGUGAACCUGGACCGGGAGGAGGUUUUCAGGACCAAGAUUGUGGAGAAGUCGCUCUGCCCCUUCUAUGGAGAAGACUUCUACUGCGAGAUCCCUCGGAGCUUUCGGCACCUGUCCUUUUAUGUCUUCGACAGAGAUGUUUUCCGCAGGGACUCCAUCAUAGGGAAGGUGGCCAUCCAGAAGGAAGACUUGCCGAAGUACCAUAACAGGGACACUUGGUUCCAGCUGCAGCACGUGGACGCCGACUCGGAAGUGCAGGGCAAGGUCCACCUGGAGCUGAGGCUGAGCGAGGUCAUCACUGACACGGGCGCUGUCUGCCACAAGCUGGCCGCGCGCAUCCUCGAGUGCCAAGGCCUCCCCAUCGUGAACGGGCAGUGUGAUCCUUACGCGACUGUGACACUGGCCGGACCCUGCAGAUCAGAAGCAAAGAAGACAAAAGUGAAAAAGAAGACCAACAACCCCCAGUUUGAUGAGGUGUUUUAUUUUGAGGUGACCAGACCCUGCAGCUACAGCCGGAAAUCCCACUUUGACUUCGAGGAGGAGGACGUGGACAAACUUGAGAUCCGAGUUGACCUCUGGAAUGCCAGCAACUUGAAAUUUGGAGAUGAGUUUCUGGGAGAGCUGAGGGUUCCACUAAACGUGCUCCGCCAGUCCAGCUGCUACGAGGCCUGGUACUUCCUUCAGCCCCGAGACAACGGCAGCAAGAGCCUGAAGCCGGGGGACUUGGGGUCCCUGCGGCUGAACGUGGUGUACACUGAGGACCACGUCUUCUCGUCCAACUACUACCGCCCGCUGCGGGACCUGCUGCUGAGGUCUGCGGACAUGGAGCCAGUGUCAGCAUCCGCCGCGCACGUCCUGGGCGAGGUCUGCAGGGAGAAGCAGGAGGCGGCCGUCCCCCUCGUGAGGUUCUUUCUGCACUAUGGCCGAGUGGUGCCCUUCAUCAGUGCCAUCGCCAGCGCCGAGGUCCAGAGGACCCAGGACCCCAACACCAUUUUCCGAGGAAACUCGUUGACCUCCAAAUGCAUUGACGAGACGAUGAAGCUGGCCGGGAUGCACUACCUGCACGUGACCCUGAAGCCCGCCAUAGAGGAGAUAUGCCAGGGCCACAGACCCUGUGAGAUCGACCCUGUGAAGCUGAAGGAUGGGGAGAACCUGGAGAACAACAUGGAGAACCUGCGGCAGUACGUGGACCACAUCUUCAGCGCCAUCACCAAGUCGGGGGUGAGCUGCCCCACCGUCAUGUGUGACAUUUUCUUCUCUCUUCGAGAGGCGGCUGCCAAACGCUUCCAGGAUGACCUGGACGUGAGGUACACGGCCGUGAGCAGCUUCAUCUUCCUGAGGUUCUUCGCACCCGCCAUCCUGUCCCCCAACCUCUUCCAGCUCACGCCUCACCACACGGACCCACAGACGUCGAGGACGCUGACGCUCAUCUCCAAGACUAUUCAGACUCUGGGCAGCUUGUCCAAGUCGAAAUCCGCGAGUUUCAAGGAAUCCUACAUGGCUGCAUUUUAUGAAUUCUUCAACGAGCAAAAAUAUGCUGAUGCAGUAAAAAAUUUUUUAGAUCUGAUCUCAUCUUCUGGGAGAAGAGACCCCAAGAGCAUAGAGCAGCCCAUCCUGCUUAAAGAAGGGUUCAUGAUCAAGAGGGCACAAGGGCGAAAACGCUUUGGGAUGAAGAAUUUUAAGAAAAGAUGGUUCCGCCUGACCAACCACGAGUUUACCUACCAGAGAAGCAAAGGAGACCAGCCUCUGUGCAGCAUUCCCAUCGAGAACAUUCUGGCCGUGGAGAGACUGGAGGAGGAGUCCUUCAAGAUGAAGAACAUGUUUCAGGUGAUCCAGCCGGAGCGAGCGCUGUAUAUCCAGGCCAACAACUGUGUGGAGGCCAAAGCCUGGAUCGACAUCCUCACCAAAGUCAGCCAGAGCAACAAGAAGCGCCUUGCCGUCUACCACCCAUCCGCCUACCUCAAUGGCCACUGGCUGUGCUGUAGGGCCUCCUCGGACACGGCGCCAGGCUGCUCCCCCUGCACCGGCGGCCUCCCGGCAAACAUCCAGCUGGACAUCGAUGGGGACCGCGAGACAGAGCGCAUCUACUCCCUCUUCCACUCGUAUAUGAGCAAACUAGAGAAGAUGCAAGAGGCCUGUGGCAGCAGAUCUGUGUACGACGGGCCUGAGCAGGAGGAGUACUCGACGUUCAUCAUCGACGACCCCCAGGAGACCUACAAGACACUGAAGCAGGUCAUCGCCGGGGUCGGGGCCCUGGAGCAGGAGCACGCCCAGUACAAGAGGGACAAGUUCAAGAAGACCAAGUACGGGAGCCAGGAGCACCCCAUCGGAGACAAGAGCUUCCAGAGCUAUAUCAGGCAGCAGUCGGAGACCUCCACCCAUUCCAUUUGAAGCAGGAUGUCCUGUCCCAGGACGGUGCCCAGGGCUGCGGCA